AUGGCCGAUAUAACAGGUCUUCCCUUUGGGUGGGAAGUUCGCCAUUCCAACUCCAAAAAUCUUCCCUACUACUUCAACCCCAUGACCAAGGAAUCGCGCUGGGAACCCCCGCCAGGCACCGACACUGAGAAACUGAAGGUCUACAUGGCUCAAUAUCACAGUGGCCCCAUGCAUCCUGCUCACUCCGGCCUGGGUAAUGAAGGCAAGAUCCGAUGCGCUCACCUGCUCAUCAAACACCGUGACAGCCGUCGACCGAGCAGCUGGCGAGAGGCGGAGAUCACGAGGUCGAAAGAAGAAGCCAUCGAGAUUCUCCGUGGCCACGAGCGUCGCAUAAAGUCGGGGGAGGCUCGUUUGGGUGAUAUUGCUCUCACAGAAUCAGACUGCAGCAGCGCUCGAAAGAAGGGUGACCUUGGCUUCUUUGGUCGAGGCGAAAUGCAGAAGGAAUUCGAAGAGGCUGCGUUUGCGCUUCAGCCUGGGCAGAUCAGCGGAAUUGUUGAGACUGCUUCGGGUGUUCAUCUCAUCGAGCGAUGGAUCCUUGCACAUACGAAGCACAGCAUGUGUUCGACGAGGAACUACAGGGCUAGAAUAUUGCAGGAUCUCAGUUAUGAAAUAGACAGAUACCUGUGCUUAGUCAAAACUCCAUCGAUCUUGAGAAAUAAAAUUCUCGAAUCGAACACCUUUACUAGCCCCGUACUUUGUAUCUCUAAUGCUGUUCACAGCACUGUCAAUGUUCUUCCUGCGUUGAAUCUAAAAUAUUUCCCUGGUAUUCAGGUUUCCUUCUCUGCCCCUCCAUCGUGGAAAAAUCACCCCUCCGCUCAGGAGAUAGACCUACAUUAUCCAUGUCAACAAGCGGCAGCUUCCGUCAACGCCAUUGCUUUUUGUGGCAUCAAUUCCGUGGCUGCGAAUCGACUGAAUCGGCUCCAGCCGAUCGAUCGUAUCAUGUUCAACCCUUACCAGCCACUGCCCAUGCUGUACCAGCAGCAACGGGAUCCGACCCAGAGGUUUCGCUCGCUACCGUACAUCUACGACUGGCAGCAGACCCCAUUCCCCCUCUACGUGGGCGCCGUCAUCCCGCCAGCGGUGGCCCGUCAGUUGGAGCACGUCCGGGCCGCAGCCAGCGCAGCGUCGAGCGCCAUCAGAACCAUAGACCGGCUGUGGAGGAAGCGGUAUCACUUCCUAUGCCCGAGCACGAACGCAGAAACCCACGCCGCCCACGUCCGCGCCAUCAACCUGCUCGUCAAGUGGAAGGAGGCCUUCCAGGGACCGGGCGGCAGAGGGCUGCACGAGACCCUGGCCCCGCCGCCCAAGAUCCCGGCAUACCUCGUGAGCGACGUCACGAUCGACGAGAAGACCUACCACGAGUUCUUCGUCACGCUCACGCACCUGCGCGAGCAGUACCUGCAGGGAGCGCACAUGCAGUGGAUGGCGGCGAAGCGGAACCUGGAGGAGCUGCUCAUCGACGCGCCGAUCAGCGAGAUGGACCGCCACAACUGGCUGCGCUGGUGGGUGAGCUACCUGGGCAAGAUGAAGGUGUGGGAGCUCCGCGUGCAGGAGAUGGUCCCGCCGUCCUGGGACGAGAUCUGCGCCGAGGUGAGCGAGCUCGUCGAGAUGGCGGUCGAUAUGACGGGGUCGUUGGAUGAGGAGCUCAGUCUGCCGGUUACGGAUGCGACGUUCUAG